AUGUCCCAAAAAUACAGUUCACGGGACUUCCCUGGAAUGUGUGAUGUUUCUGGGGAUGUAGCUCCGCGUCCUUUAAGGAGGGUCGAAAAGGACACGGCUGCCAUGGCUAAACAAACAAACAAACAAACCGAAACUGUGAGAGGAAUUGGAACCAGAAAGACGAAGAAUGCCAGAGAGUAUGAUCUUCCGGAUGUAUUUGAUCCACCAAAGAACUGUCAAAUGGGAACGUUGUACGUCAACUUUGAAGAUUUGGGGUUGAAAGAUUGGAUCAUUGCUCCAGGAAAGUUUGAUGGAUUCAUUGCCUACUACUGUCACGGAGAGUGCUCUUUCCCCUUAACAGCGAGCAUGAAUGCAACAAAUCAUGCAAUCGUCUCCACCUUAGUUCACACAAAUUACCCCAUGGAAUAUCCAAAGCCUUCCGGUUCACCCGUGAAGCUGGGUUCUAUUCCCAUGCUGUAUUAUGAUGACCUUUCGAACGUAACUAUUAAAAAGUACAAGGAUAUGGUGAUUAAAUCUUGUGGCUGCAAGUGA